CGUAAAAUAAACUCCAAAACUCAUCCUUUAUAAACUGGUCUUGCUUCCGUUUCCAAUGAAACAGACUAGGUCGACAACAGUAGACCGCAACCUACCUAAACUUCAAGCCACAGCGCGUUAAAAUAACCGCCAGUUACUUGCUCCAUCACAUACCCUUUCCGCCCUCCUCAUUCACUGUGUGCACACCCCUGUGGUAACAUUGAACUCUGAACCAGCUUUCAUCAACCGCACAAGUUUAGGUCGGAUGCUUACAUGUGUUCUAAAUGUCGCAACUGGUUUUUCCCAUCGUGAGCAAUGAGGCCUUCUAUCCGACGGUCGCACAGCCUCAGCGUUACAUGUAUGCCUAAACAGCAAUAGAAAUCCCCGUCACCAUUCGGAUCUGCAGCUCAUGUUCGUACGUUUUUUUCCAACUAAUAGCGUCUGUUGUCGGGCCUACAAAGAAUUUAUCCUUUAGUCUGAGCUUCACGUCGUGCCUACAGCACAGGUCGUAUUUGUCAAAUAAUGGCAAAAGCUGCAACAAAAACCGUACUGGACAAGAUCAGCAAGGGGCAUCUGGAAUGUCCCAUCUGCUGCUGUCGCUACAAGGACCCCAAGAUAUUGGGCUGUCUACACAGUUUCUGUCUGAAGUGUCUGGAUGAGAUGACGAGCAAACAGAAGCCAGGGACAGGCAAGGUGACGUGUCCAGUCUGCAGGAGAGACACAAAAAUACCCAAUGCAGGAUUGCAGGGUCUUUCUGGCUGUUUUUACCUUAGUUCUCUUGUUGAGGAAUUCAACAGACAGGAAAAAGUCCUUGGUGAGGUGUCAAAGCCAUCGCUUCUUUGCGAACAGUGUGAGGAGGGUAUAAUAGCUGUCUCAAGGUGUCUCGACUGUAAGGAGAACAUCUGCAGGAUUUGUUGGGAAGCGCACCAGCGUUGGAAACUUACUAAAAAUCACCAAAUCAUUGAAAUACUAAACGAAGUACCCAAAGCGACGGUGUCUAAAACCAAGCCAGGUGAACCCAACACCAGGAAGUGUAGCAAACACAACGACUACGCUUUUUGUUUUUACUGUGAAGAUUGCGAUGUGAUGAUUUGUGCAAUGUGUGCAGCAACAGAACACCGUUCAGGAGAACACAGUUUCACCGAAAUCUCUGAUUCUGUCGAAUCAUUCCGUGAAAAUGUCCAUGCCAAAUUGCAGAAAUUUGAGCAACUUAAACAGCAGUUUGAAUCCACUGAAGGAUCACUCAACAAUGCUAGAAAGAGAUUACAAGAGAAUAUGGUUCGGGCUCUGAAUAACAUUUCGGCAAAAGCAGAAGCGGAGAUGGCUAAAAUCAGAACCAAGGUAGAGAUCCUUACCGAAAAAGUGAACAUAAUCGGUCGUGACAGAGACAGCGAGUUCGAAAAUGCACUGACACACAUCCGUGAACAAGUGGAAUGCGCGGAUCAGAUCGUCACAGCUGUGAAUAACUUGAUGCACGAAGCUGAUGACUUCGAACUUAUGGAGCUCAAGCCGAAAGUGAUGCACAACUUGGAAUUGCAGACGGAACUCAAGUGUGAACCCGUUAAGUAUGACCAGUCGUUCAUCGGGGUGAAAUGUCAUGAUGUUGUCAGCAAUGAUGCAGAUCUCGGAGAAAUUUUCGUCAAAGAGAAAUGGCAACUGAAGGAGGAGUUCGGCAAGGAGGGCACAGGUGAAGGGGAAUUUUCUUUUGCCAGGGGUGUUGCAUGUUUCAGCAAUGGAGAUAUUGUUGUAACAGAUACAACGUUAAAACGGCUGACGGUGUUUAAAUCCAGUGGGCAGUACAAAACCUCAGUUGCUCAGGGGGAUGAUCAGCAUCAUCUAAAAGCUCCUUGGGGUGUUGCGGUGUCCUGCAAUGACCUACUUUAUGUCACAGACAAAGAAAAGGUAAAGGUUUUCGACAACAACCUACAGCCGAUUCGCAGCUUCACAACUUCAAGAGAAGAUUCAGAGGGACUCUCAAAGAGUAGCAACACUGGCAUUGCUGUAGACAAGCAAAGACUAGCAGUGGCUGACAGAAGCAGGAACACCAUUUCUGUCUACGGCGUGGACGGAUCGUUCGUUACAUGCGCAAUUAACGACAAUAUUGACUAUUACGUGGCAAUUGGCAAGAAUGAUAGCCUGAUCUUCGCACAGUACGAGGGUAAGAAGCUAUUGUGCAUUGACUUCAAUGGUGAAGAGGUGUUCAGCGUCGGGGUAUUUUUUAAUAGCAGACCUGCAAAGCCAACUGGUGUUCUGUGCGAUGAUAGCGGGGACAUCUAUGUUGCCGUUCAUUCCACUAAAGUGGGAAACUGCGCAGUUCAGCAUUAUGACUCGAGCGGUGCAUUCGUAGCAACAGUAGCUGAAGGGCUGUACAAUCCGAUAGAAAUGACCUUCAAUCACGCAGGUGACGUCGUUGUCGCAGACAGACAUUCCAUUAAGAUCUUUGAGAGGAUGUGAUUCGCCUAAGCGCUGGGCUUAUGCCUCCCUAGUAGUGAAGCUUUAGAAAUGAACCGAGGCUUAAUAAAUAUUCUUUAGAUUCUUCGAACAACACUCAUUAUACAUAAACAAAACAAAAAAGUAAACAAAUAUAGGUUACAUUAAACUCAGUGCAAACUUAUUUCAUACAUUAUACGGUUUAUUUGCACAUCAGUAGAAGUUUCUGAAGUAUGACCAGUGCACGUAUCAUCGGCCCUUAUCGUUCAAAAGCGUUCAGUAUCGUAGAAAGCCCAGAGACAGAGAAGAGAUUGGGCAAAUAAAUCAUAUUUAAACUUUUAUCUUUACUAUGUAACUAUCCUUAUUAUGUAUCUAUGUAUCUUCUCUGUGACGAAUUAGGGCAAAAACAGUAAAAAGAUGUUUAUUCACAAAGCUUUUUAUAGCGACGCAUAUUUCCUGGUCAGAACGACAAUUUUACUGACGUCGUCGAACAGUUACUUAGUUAUUGCUGUUUAAAAGCCACUAUUUAAAUAAAUUUUUUAACGAAAAUAGAUUGCAUUUUUGCCUUUGUUCUAGAUAUUUUAAACUCUUAAAACUGUGCUCAGAGUUUAAACACAUUUCUAAACACUUAUAUUAUACCCAAUUUUCAACAUGUUAAACCUCGACAUGUUUUUGUGUGCAUUAAGGAAUGUGUUAAAUCGCUAAGCGGAUUUUUAAAAAGUACAAAUUUUAAAACAUUAUCCAUUUCAAUAAAUGUGAGCAAAAAGUGGGUACAAGAAAUGUUUAAACUCCAAAACGUUGUUUAACAAGACAGUUAACUCCAGCACUAUUUUUCAUCAAAGUAAUCAACGUAAUCAAAGUAAGAGGAACGUUUAAGGUAAUAAAUCUACAACAG